UCGAGGGAUGAGCCGUGUACAUCGGGGGAUGAUCGAAAACGUGCGUGUCUGCCAUCGAGAGUGAGAGCGGCGGAGGGUAACGAAAAAUAUCACCAACGACAGACGACGGGCACACGCAGCUAAUACACCGUACACAUAUAUUAAUGUACACGCGUACAUUACCGAGUGGAUAUAAGUUAUGCCGCGUAGACACGAGCUUGGAGCCUUAGAGGGAUGAAAAAUUAAGCCCAUCCAUCUACCAGCUCUUCCUCCUCGUCUCCAAAGACCCUUCCUCACCGUCUCGAUUCGUUAUACCUGUCUUCUUUGUGCUCUUUGCCAAUUUUUCUACCCUCCUCCUCCUCCUCCUACUCUCGGGCUGUUAUAUCCAAUACUCGCGUGCCUCCGCUCUCACUCACUCUCUCUCUCUCUCUUGGAUCGAUUUUACCGUCGGUGCUUCGAUACCCGUGUCGCUCUGCCGUGACAGCUUGCGAGAGGGAAAAGUACCCCGAGCAUCUAUAAUACACCCUGUGGCUGUGUGCACGUGCAUAACAUACAUGUAUUAGAGGCACGUCACAAGUGUACACAUUAUACAUAUACCAAAGGAGUCGCUGCAAGUCGUCAGCGCACGCCUGCAGACACGUGCGUGUACUCGUGGGGGAGUGCAGGGCACGCAACAGUGGCGCCAAUUAUUACAGGUGUACAUAGCACUCGAGGGACAUGAGCCAAACCGGACAAACGUACAGCCUGCACCCGAGGAGGAGGCGCUGGAGGAGGCGAAGACCGACGGCCGUCUUCGUCUUUUCGGCUCCAGUCCGCCAAUAGACCGUCUACGAUACUGUCGCGGAGCAGCCUCCGCAUAUACAGAACCACCAGACCGAAAUAAAAAAGUUAAAAAAAAAAGGAGGGGAUAAACCAGAACUCGCAAGGAUGGGGUCAGCCGUGGCAGCGGCUCCUAGCAGGCAGCUAGGCAGCCGUGCCCCGGUGGUCCCCGGUCACGCCACAAUCACCCCGGCAACAACUAGCGGCAGCAGGUAGGGGAGAUAUUAUGCAGCGGCUGCGCUCGACGUUCAAGAGGUCGCGGACCCCGACCGGUGCCGAAAUGAAGGCCCAAUCGAGCCUCGAGGUGCCCAAACAGGUGCGCUCCGCCUCCUUCGACGAGAUCCAACUCGCCGAUCCCCAACGCCACGAGUUACUAUCCUCGCCCCCGUCGUCGAGCCAGCAGCAGCAAGCCGGGGCAGCGGAGUUGCGGUCCAUCGCGAACCUCGCUAUGGCGACGAGCAGCAGUCCCCUGCCCACCUCGCCCACCCACCAACAGCAUUACCAACAGCGCAAGUCCACCACCGGGGCGAACCUGCGAGUGCCCCAAUUGGCGGUGGUGGGCCAGCGCUCGCGGAGCUUCGACGUGGCCGAGCGGCCCUCGUCGGCAACGGGCCUCCUCGACAGGUCCUCGUCAACGGUCGGGGGCUACGGUGGCUACGUCAUGUCGCGGGGCUGGCGUAGCAGCGCCGAGCGCGAAAACCCCCCGGCCCAGGCGUACAGCUGCUGGCACUGCGCGUGCGUCGACGAGUGGCGGGCCCGGCAGGCCCAGGCGAGCGACAGCUGGGAGGACGAGGACGACGAGGAGGCCGAGGGCGACGACGGCGACGACGAGGCAGACGAGGCCGACUACUACGAGGGCAACACCAGAGGAGGGGACGAUCUUCAGAGCCAGUUGCUGCUGCUGCUGCCGCCACCGACGCCCCAACAGCAGCAGGUGCAGCCCGGGGCUGGCCCGAAACUGGAGCGCGACGUCGAGGACAACAGCUUGUACUUUGUCGUGCUGCAAAAGGCCUCCGAGGACGCGGAGGACGAGUGCAGCGACUGCUCCCGCCGCGAGGGCAGCCCCGAGAUCCGCGUCACCCUGACCCCGAGUCCCUGCGACGUCGGGGCGACCACCACCACGACAACUAACACGACGAGCGCCGAGGACCGCGACUACAGUUCGGCCUCGUCCUCGGGCGAGCCGCGACCUCCCGUGGCGGGGGACGCUGCGUUUUUGGUCGCGGGGGGCAGGCAGCGCAGGCGCUCGCUCUCGCGGCAGGAGGCCCUCACCGUCUUCCCCUCGGAACUGCCUACCUUGAGUCUCGAGGCUACGCUGGCCGUCCAGAGUAGCCUCGACGAGGAGGAACACCAGCAGCCGGACAACGAGGACGGGGAAAAAGAGAGUCGGGGCGGCGAGGAGGCGGAGGAGGAGGUGGAGGAGGACAGCGACGGGGCGGGGGGCGAGCCGGUGAACAAGCCGGGCCAGUUGGUCGUGCGCGACAUAUUUCUGACGGUGCCGGACUUGAAGCGCGACAGAGCCGCCUCGGUGGACUCGUGCUUCAACAACAACAAGAACGGCGGCAUCGAGUCCGGGUACUCGCUCCAGGUGCCCCAGCAGAGCGCCCGCUCUAAGAGCGUCGACAUCGUCCUGCCCACCGAGGCUCAGACGCGCUACACGGCUCUGCUGCCCGGCAACGAGGCUGCCUUUCCCGGCCAAAAGGACGAAGUCUCGAGUCCCGGGCAGAGGGAGCCCAGAUCAACACCCGACUGGAGCGACUCGGCCGUCAAUGGGGAACAUCUCUGGGUCCCCACUUCCGCUUCUGGCGAAUUUUGCUACGUAAACGACUGUUCGAAACACGGUGCCCGACUAAAGUGCUCGGCCUGCCGGGUGGUCGCCCACUCGGCGUGCACGGCGAGCCUCGGGUUCCAAUGCAAGCCGAGUUACCGCGACAUCGGUGUGCGCCAGUACCGGGAGCAAAAGGUCAUUAACCACCAUUGGGUGCACCGGCGCAGCCAAAAGGGCAAGUGCACCAACUGCAACAAGGCCUUCCAGUCGAAGCUGAGCUUCUCCUCGAAAGAGAUCAUAGCGGUGAGCUGCAGUUGGUGCAAGCACGCGUACCACAACCGCGAGUCGUGCUUCAACCCCGAGCGCAUUGGGGAGCAGUGCGAGCUCGGGACCCACGAGUCCAUCAUCGUGCCGCCCUCGUGGAUCGUCAAGCUCCCGCGGCAGGGCAAGCUCAAGAGUAGCCUGCGCAAGUCGCCCCGCAAGAGGCGCUCCCAGGCCCGCAAGCAGCAGGACGCCGCCGGCGAGAAGGAGGACCCCCUCAAGCUGUGGGCCAUCAAGCCCAUACCCAACACCAGCGUCACGCCCGUCCUCGUCUUCAUCAAUCCGAGAUCCGGUGGCAAUCAGGGCGCCAAGCUUCUCUCAAAGUUCCAGUGGCUGCUCAAUCCUCGCCAGGUCUUCGAUCUCACUCAGGGUGGACCCAACAUGGGGCUGGAGUUGUUCAAGAAGGUGCCGAACUUGCGUAUCCUGGCGUGCGGGGGUGACGGCACGGUCGGUUGGGUGCUCUCGGUCCUGGACAAGAUCGGGGCGAACCCGCCGCCCGCGGUUGGCACUCUGCCCCUCGGCACGGGCAACGACCUGGCCAGGGCCCUGGGCUGGGGUGGUGGCUACACGGACGAGCCCAUCAACAAGAUCCUCGACGGUAUGGCCGAGAGCGAGAUCUCGAUACUCGACAGGUGGAAACUCGAGGUCGAGCGCAACAACGACGCCCAGGGCAACGACGAGGACGCGGCCAAGGGCAAGGAAAACCUGCCCCUCAACGUCGUCAACAAUUACUUUUCGCUCGGCGUCGACGCCCACAUCGCUCUCGAGUUUCACGAGGCCAGAGAGGCCCACCCGGAGCGCUUCAACUCGCGGUUACGAAACAAAAUGUUUUACGGCCAGAUGGGCGGCAAGGAUCUAGUGAUACGCAGGUGGAAGGACCUUUCGGAGUACGUGACCCUCGAGUGCGACGGCAACGAUCUGACGUCGAAGCUGAAGGAGCACCGGGUGCACGCCAUUCUUUUCUUGAACAUCGACUCGUACGGCGGUGGGACCCAUCCGUGGGGCGGUGGUAUCGGCCAGACACCCACGACCGAGGACAGUCUCAUCGAGGUCGUCGGUUUGACCACGUAUCAACUGCCUCUUCUGCAGGCCGGGGGCCACGGGACCAGCCUCGCCCAGUGCAGCUCGGCCAAGAUCGUCACCACCAAGACCAUACCCAUGCAGGUGGACGGGGAGGCGUGCCGGCUGCUGCCCUCGGUGAUAACCUUGAGCCUACUGAACAAGGCGACGAUGCUGGCGAAGCGCCGGGGCUUCAGCCGGCCGAGGAAGCACCAGAAGACCGCCGAGCCCGAAAAGCUCAAGAUACCGCUCAUGAGGAUAAAAAUGCCCGACUACGAGAACUACCACUCGGACAGGGAGAGGCUCGUGAAAACGGCGACCCUAUGGAUGCAGGAGCCCCUCGACCUCGACGCUGCCAUGGACCUCGAGUCCCUCAGGAAGAUGCUCGCCAAGGACUACCCCAUGGACACCUGCUGCUUCCUCGACUCUUGCACGGCCGAGCGCUUCUUUCGGAUCGAUAGGGCGCAGGAGCAGCUGCACUACGUCGCGGACGUCGUGAGCGACGCGAUCUACCUCCUCCACGAGAACCCGCUGCCCAGCUCGCAGGCCGACAACCACGGGUCCACGAGAGAAGACCGGCGCAAGGCCGACCGAAGCAAAUCGCGCAACGAGUCAGCUCGUUCGGGCGACAACAACACCACCACCACCAUCAACAACAGCAGCAGCAGCAGCAGCAAAAACCACGGCAGCAAUCGAGGUAGUAGGGAGCGCUCGCCCCGCGACACCGGUGAGCAACACCAUCGCUCGCAGCACGUGUCGAGGGAGGGCUCGGCGCCGGCCAAGUCGAGGCAUCCCUCGGGUGGUAGUCGGCACAGCCGGAGGUCGGACGCGCGCGCCAACGAAGAGGACCCCAGGAUGACCAACAACCACAACCUGCGGGGCGGUACCUCCAAGCAAUCCUCGUCAAAGUCCAACGCGCCCUACGGCGGUGCUGGACACGCGCACCACCACAAGAACCAACCAAUCUUCAUAAGCCCCCAAGAGCGAUUGUUCGGAUUGGGCCCCGAGGUGCUCACGUUCCACACGGAGCUGCUGGAGCGCACGUCGGACGACGUAUUGCGGGCAGCCAAGGUCGGCGACCUCGUCGGCCUGAAGGCCCUCCACGAGCGGGGAUACUCCCUACUGUCGAUCGACGCCACCGGCCAGACCGCCCUCCAUGUAGCCUCGCGCACGGGCUGCAAGGACAUUGUGCGCUACCUCAUCGCCUGUGCCCCACCGACGAUCCUCAACAUGGUCGAUAACGACAAGGGUCAGACGGCACUCCACAAAGCGGCGCAACAGAAGCGCCGAUCGAUCUGCUGCAUGCUGGUGGCCGGCGGAGCCAACCUCACGGUUCGCGACCGCCAGGGGAACACCCCGCGGGAUCUCGCCCUUGCGGCCGAGGAUCGCGAACUCGCCGCUUACCUUCACAGCCAAGAACAGUUUCAACUAGUAACAGAGGACAUGAACAACAUGCCAUGAUUUCGUGAACGUGUACGUAAAGGGGACGCGACGGAAACACCCUGCACACACACUCCCACGCAUUUACGGUCUGGAGGAGAAAAUCAAGAGCCUUGACCUUAUAUACAUGUACUUUCUAGCGGCUUUAAGGCGAUAAAAACGAGAAUAGCGCGGAAUCAGCGUAUAAUCCAAGAUUAUCCAAGAAUGCCGUUGUCGUCGUAGUCAAGGAUCAUUACGCGACUCGCGUUGCCGUUCGGUAAAUACGAAAGCGACGAGGGCGUAGGACCGAGAAUAAAAUUAAGGGAUUUAAAAAAUUAACGAUAUAUUUUUAGCAUAUUCACGUAGAAAUCGAAUAUCAAGUAACAAAAGUAUUAUAUACAUAUACAUUGUAAAUUAACGAGGAAGCAAAAAUACAAUAUUUACCUAAUGUUUAAGGGUGUGAAUUUCAGAAAUGUUGGUCUAGAAAACGAAUUGCCCGAGAAGAAAAAUUCCUGAGUAUCGAUGUAUAGAACCAAUUAUUAUUAUCAUAUAAUAUGAUUAUCAAUUUUACAAAGCGGAUUUUAACAAUCUCCUCUCGAACUACCAAAAUUUCUUAAACGUUUACAUACGUACAUUGAAAAAAAAAAAAAAAAAGAAUAAAAAAUCUUAAACGUCUUGUCGAUACGUUCAUAUAAGACUUCGUUAAAACGAAUAAAAAAAAUUAUAAAAAUUACAAAAAAAAAAAAUCUCACGUACGACAUAGCGUAGCGAGCCGAAAGAAAGUGCGUGGCUAUAGGCGUAAGGGAACAGAUUUAAUAUUAAAAAAAAAUCAAUUAAAAAUAAAAACGUAAAACGACUUUAAAGAUAUACACAUUCGUAUUUACUAUGGUACUACUGUAGUCGUAUUUAAGAAUUCCUUUACGGUUGUACGGCUUAGCCUACUGACACUUUAUUAUAUAUAGAUGUUCCGUACCAAUCCAAAAAGACACAUCACUAAUGAAUUACAUAAAUAUACGGGGAUAGGUAAAAAUCCAAUGGUGUAGGUUUAAUUAAAAAAAAAAAGUUAGAAAAUAAAUUUGAAGAGAUGGAUUAUUGCCAAGAUUUUUCUAAGUCAACUUGUAUAAAUUUCUUAAACCGAGGAGAAGAAAAAUCGAGCAUUGCAGUGGGCUAAUAACAAAGAGAGUAAUUAUUUUUUUAUUUGACGAACAUUAUCGUUCAAAUAUACAUAUGAAUGUCUUAUUCAUGAAAAAAAAAAAAAAA